AUGGCUCUCAUUGUUCAUGGGGCAACGGGUCAUCCAAUGCCGCUGUGCCCAAGCACAUCCCUUCUUCCCGACCUCCGUUUCACAUUCCUAGAGCGUCCUGUUGAUGUGAAGACGAAGAAGAAGAAGCGGAAGAGCAAGGCGAAGAAGGCGGAGCCAAGCUCAGCAUCACCAGCAGACGACCAGCAGCAGCAGCAGCAGCAGCAGCAGCAGCAGCAGCAAGAGCAAGAGAAGCCGCAAGACAAUGCACCGGCCACCCCUGACAAUGAGGACACCGCUGUACCUAGGGAGCCUUCGGACAAUGCUUUGGCGCCAGACUCGGUGACAGAGCAACUGCUGCUGCAAAAACCUGGAUCGCAGCGGCCCAAACAGAUUGCCUUCAGCAAGGAAGACCUUUCCGAUGACUUCAAGGACGAAGACCUGCAGAGCUUGACCAUCAUCAUCUCCACGCCGUCGAAACCGAGGCGCCUGAAGCAUGAGGGCAAGGAUCGCACCGGCGUGAGCGUGAAGCGCGCAACAAAGCGGGCUGGCCUCCGUCGCGAAAUCAUGGCUGACUUUGAGGAGUAUGAGGCUGACCGUGAGUACUUUGAUAGGUACGAAGCAACACGCCGUGCCCACCUGGGUUCCAAGACUGUGAUUCGGCCCGAGGCAUUGGAGGAGAUUUCCAAGCCGCGCAGUGGGUCUGUGCGCGAGGCGCCGGAGCACAUGGCCGUGUCCGACGUUGUGUCGUCCGAUCGCAUUCGUGCCAGCAGUGUUGGCUCGCCGCGCGCCGACACUGCGCUUGCACCGCUUCCACUCACACCAAAUGAGAUGCGCCAGGGCGGCCGCUUCUUCCCAGCCAAGACCACACCAGAGCCAUCGCCGCUCAAGAAGGGCAAGUCCUACAAGUCAAAGUACAGCACCCGCCCAGAGCAUGAGGACUCGAUUGGCUGGGUCAUGAACCCCGAUGCGGAGCCAUACCAGCCACAGGGCUCGGUGGAAGAUGUCCGCAGCGCGCAGAAUACUAAGCCCCAGCGCCGUGACGUUAGCCGCUACAUCAACGGUGAGGACGCGACGCAGCGACACGUGUACAGCAAGUACCAUGCACAGGCGCUGCGAGCUCGCAAGCGCCUUGGCCCGGCAAGGUCACAGGAGAUGCGCAACCUCUUCCGGUUCUGGUCCUUCUUCCUGCGCGAGCACUUCAACAAGAACAUGUACACCGAGUUCAAGAAGCUCGCCAUGGAGGAUCACAAGGCUGGCUCUCGGUACGGUAUGGAGUGCCUGUUCCGGUUUUACAGCUACGGCCUGGAGAAGCGGUACCGGUUUGACCUGUAUCAGGAGUUCCAGGACAUGGUGCUGUGGGAACACAACGAGGGCCACUUGUACGGGCUUGAGAAGCUGUGGGCGCUUCUGCACUACAGCAAAGACCACCGCUACCCUGGCCAGCUGCGCCCGGAGCUCAAGGAAAUUAUUGCACCCUUUAAGAAGAUUGAGGACUUUCGCAUCUCCAUCAGCGCAUCUCCGCUGAACAAGAGGACACAAGCACGCACUUGAUCAUCUUGUAUGGGUUGUGGUUGUCUUCCUUCACUUGACGUCUUCUUUUCUCUCCCUCCUUUCCUUUUGUUGUUACAUGACAUGUCAUUGCCCCGGCUGCUUUCCCGCUUCUUUGACUCGUCGUUUCUUCUGGCUUUCCUGCUUCCUGCUAUGGCGCGAUGAUUGUAUAUGUGCUGCAUGCGCGGCACGACGACUGGCUGGCUUUGUGUGAUUGAUUGGUUGGUUGGUUGGUUGUUUCGGUUGAGUGUUCCUAGGUGCACAAGAAGUGAUGUGCGCAGCUCUGUUCGUGUGUGUGUGUGUGUGUUCUUUGUGUCGUGUGCACUUACACUACACAACAUUUGUUAGACUUUGCUUGCCUUUGUUGAUAUCACGUCAUCGUCACCACUCCUUCGCUUUGACAGACCCGUGUUUGUGCUUGGCUUGCUUCUUAUUUGUAGUGGUCGUGUGGACGUGCGUCUGUUGUUUGGCAGUACGCAGCGUUCCCAACAGUAGACAAGGUGCAGGCAAACGAA